AUGGAAGACAAAGUCACGCUGGGAGUGAUCCCAGUGGAAGAAGAGAAACCGUCGUUCUGGAAUGAACUGGCCGAUAAAGCCAUUCGGAAAGCCAGCCGGUUACAAUACCGCAACUAUCAGGCCAAGAACCUCAUCCUCUUCCUGGGAGACGGGAUGGGCGUUCCCACCAUCACGGCCACCCGCAUUCUGAAGGGGCACAUGCAGAAUCCGCCGUCUCCCGAAUCACCGCUAAGUAUGGACUCUUUUCCGUACGUGGCGCUUUCCAAGACCUACAACGUGGACCGGCAAGUGCCCGACAGUGCAGGAACGGCCACUGCCUACCUCUGUGGGGUGAAGGGCAACUACGGCACCAUUGGACUGAGUGCCGCUGCCCGAUAUAAUCAGUGCAACACGACAGCCGGCAAUGAAGUCGUAUCGGUCCUGAAGCGGGCUCAGCUGGCUGGAAAGUCCGUGGGGAUUGUGACCACCACACGAGUCCAGCACGCCUCCCCGGCGGGGAAUUAUGCCCACGUGGUGAACCGGAACUGGUAUAGCGACGCCAGCCUGCCCCAGUCGGCACUGGCGGGGGGCUGCAAGGACAUCGCCCUGCAACUCCUCGAAAACGUGGACCUCACGGGCAACAAGUACGUUUGGAAUCGAAUUGACCUCUUGCAAGCCGUCAGUGACCCGAAAGUUCGCCGUCUUAUGGGCCUCUUUGAACCUUCAGACAUGAAAUACGAGCUUUACCGAGACAACAGCACUGACCCAUCGCUGGCCGAGAUGACCGAAGUGGCCAUCAAACUCCUCAGUUCCAACCCAAAAGGCUUCUAUCUCUUUGUGGAAGGAGGCAGAAUAGACCACGGACACCACGACGGUAUUGCGAAGCGAGCCCUGACGGAGGCUAUCGAGUUUGACAAAGCCAUCGAACGAGCCGGGGAGUUGACGAGGGAAGAGGACACGUUGACCGCCGUGACCGCCGACCACUCUCACGUCUUCAGCUUUGGAGGCUACACCCUCCGGGGAACCUCCAUUUUUGGUAUAGCAAAUACCGUGGUGUGA